UUUACGCCCAAAGCCAAAAAAAUAGUUCAGCCAACGUCAAAGUAUGUGGUGAUAGUUAUAAUGUGUGUAUAAAUAAUAAUAUAUGUAUGCAAGCCCAUUACUGCGGUGUCCGUUAUUAUACUUUUGAAUAUUAUAAACGACCGCUGAAAACAAGAAAGAUGGAAAAAAAUCAUACAUUUAUCAGAUCAUUUUGUGUGUGAUUUGGCACUCAAGCCUAGAAAAUUCAUAUCAGCUCAAAUCAGUACGCAUCUUCACCUCAUCGAGGGAGCUUCUUUUCUGUUCUAGUCUCCUGACCAGGAAGUGUUUCCAAAAUGCUUCUAAACUGGUUUUGUCUUUUGGUGCUCGUCAAUUUCCAUAAUUCCGAUGGUUUAGCAUUGCCCGCGCAAAAAUUUUCACCGGGUAUUCCGAUAACACCCACAGUAAAUCAAACUCCUGGCGGUGUCAGAGGAGUUUUAGAAGAUAGUUCAACUGGUUCCAUCAAAGAAUCAGCACCGACUAACAUACAUUCCGCUGCUCCCUCGACGACAGUGAUCCAUACCCAACCGAAUAUCAAUUCUGUGAUAGUUCAUCAUUCUCAUCAAGGGCAUCCACUAUUUCCUGAGUCGAAUAAUCCAUUUUAUUCGUCUCAUCAGUACGGAGGUCUUUACCCUCACAGGGUGCAUGUGCAUCCCGAUGGGGUAAUCGUACCAGGACCACCUCAUCCAUUGCACCCAGCUGUACGUCAUGCUGCAGUGUGUGCUUGUCUACGUUCAAAUAUAUACGGAAAUAGAUUUCGCCCCAAUAAUGUUGGGCCAGGACCAUUGUUCUUCUAGAAAUUGAAAACAUUGGCGACCCAAAACAAUAAGGCUCGUUGUUUGCGCAUUGAAGUCUAUUUACCAAAAUUGAAGAACUACAAACGAUAAUUAUUGAUUUUUAUGAUGUGCCCAUAAUAAGUUAUAGUUCCAAGAAUGUACAUAGUUUUGACAGAAAUA